UCGCCGUCGCCGUCGUUCCCAACCCCCCCACUUACAUCUACCCUUCCCACUUUACAUAUUAAUCUGCCAACAUGGAGGAUGAGGUCGCUGCGCUCGUCAUUGACAACGGCUCCGGCAUGUGCAAGGCUGGCUAUGCUCGUGACGAUGCCCCCCGUGCUGUGUUCCCCUCAAUAGUCGGCCGUCCCCGUCACCAGGGUGUCAUGGUCGGCAUGGGCCAGAAAGACUCCUAUGUCGGUGACGAGGCCCAGUCGAAGCGUGGUAUCUUGACCCUCAAGUACCCUAUUGAGCACGGUAUCGUGACCAACUGGGACGACAUGGAGAAGAUCUGGCAUCACACCUUCUACAACGAGCUCCGUGUCGCGCCCGAGGAGCACCCCGUGCUGCUCACCGAGGCCCCGCUGAACCCGAAGGCCAACCGUGAGAAGAUGACGCAGAUCAUGUUCGAGACGUUCAACGCGCCCGCGUUCUACGUCUCCAUCCAGGCUGUGCUCUCGCUCUACGCGUCGGGUCGCACCACCGGUAUCGUCCUCGACUCGGGUGAUGGUGUGUCGCACACUGUCCCCAUAUAUGAAGGGUUCUCGCUCCCCCAUGCCAUCCUCCGUCUCGAUCUCGCUGGUCGUGACCUGACCGACUUGCUGAUCAAGAACUUGACUGAGCGCGGCUACCCGUUCACGACCACGGCCGAGCGCGAAAUUGUCCGUGACAUCAAGGAGAAGCUGUGCUACGUCGCGCUGGACUUUGAGCAGGAGCUCCAGACUGCCGCCCAGUCGUCCGCUCUCGAGAAGUCCUAUGAGCUUCCCGACGGUCAGGUCAUCACGAUUGGCAACGAGCGAUUCCGUGCGCCCGAAGCGCUCUUCCAGCCCGCCUUCCUCGGACUUGAAGCCGCCGGUAUCCACGAGACGACGUACAACUCGAUCUUCAAGUGCGAUCUCGAUAUCCGUCGUGACCUGUACGGCAACGUCGUGCUCUCUGGUGGAACGACGAUGUUCCCCGGAAUUGCGGACCGUAUGCAGAAGGAGCUGACGUCUUUGUCGCCAUCGAGCAUGAAGGUCAAGAUUGUCGCGCCUCCCGAGCGGAAGUACUCGGUCUGGAUCGGUGGAUCUAUCCUUGCGUCUUUGAGCACAUUCCAGAAUCUGUGGUGCUCGAAGCAGGAGUACGACGAGUCGGGCCCUGGCAUUGUCCACCGCAAGUGCUUCUAAGCGCGAGGAGAAGUGGAAGAAAAGAAGACGCACGCACUGUAUUAGAAGAAGCCCCUCACGAUCGGGAUCGGCGCCGCUCGUUGUCGUUCUUGCUUUUGUCCUUCCUUAGUCCCUGCCUCUUCCCGUCACGGAUACAGCCCACCCUACUUUUAUCCGCAUCGCACCUUUCCUACGUCGUUGACUCAGCAGAGCCGUGGUCGGACGAGGAAAUGGUGUCUGACAUUAGCCUUCUGUUCCAAAUUUACCUGUGCUUACUCU